AUGCAGCGUCUGCGCACGAUAAAUCAUAUCAGGGCAGCACUUAAUAUCAGGGCGACCGAACUGGAUGUCACUUUCCCAUCCCACUCCAGCCUUGUGCCUUGCCUUGAUACGAAGCCUCGACGAUCUACGCUUUUUAGCUUCACCAUCAUCUGGCAAGGUGGCCCCAACGCAGCGAUGUUCCAACGAAUCAAAGGAGCCAUCGACCGCACCAUCGCGGAGGAGCAAGCCCGCCAGCAAAAGGCGCUUGAGGCGAGCUCCCCCAUGUCCAGAUCUGCCUCGUCGACAUCGCGAACAAAUGAGGGUGGCGCAGGCAGACGGUCUCGAUCUAAGAACCCAGACUCUGAUGCUGGAGGCUCUGCCCCAAACCCUGACCCUGCCUUUUUCGAAGCAGCUUUCGUUAUCGACGAUGGCGACGAGCCCAGUCGAGCAGGAACUCCCAAGCCUCCUGUGCCUCCUGAGAAGGACACGCCGAACGGAGAAUCUACUGUCCACGCUGAAGCUGGACAAAAAUUAAACUCUGGUGGCGAUGGCAAGGAAGGCUCGUCGCGCGAGGGCCAUGCUGCAGGCGAAGGAGCUGCCCAUACGACCAAGCCGGUGUUGACUCUGGAGCUCAAGCAGAAGCUUCGCAAGCUGGAAAAGCUUGAAGCCACGUAUCCUGAACUUUUACGAUCCUACCGGGUUGCGCAUCGCCGCGCUACUGCCAUCGAGCCUUUCGAGAAAGCGCUUCGCGAGAAUACACCUCUGGCCACUAUUGGCGACCCAGAGUCUUUUCUCGAGUAUCUCAACCAGCUGAAACUCAAGGAAAGCAUGAUAAUGGAGGAGCACAAGCGAGUUUCUGUCGAGAAAGAAGAGCUGAUGAAGAAGAACGAGGAGCACGAGGAGAAGAUAAAGCAGCUUCAGGCCGAAGUUGAUACACUCAAAGCUGAAAAGCCAGGCAAGAGGGACAACAACAAAUCUGAAGGAGAUGAUGGAGAUUUCUUUUCCUAUGAUGACGAGGUUCCCAAGCUCCAAGCUGAGAUUUCCACAAAGACGGAAGAAAUCGAAGCGCUCAAGGCUGAAGUAGAUAGCCUGAAGCAAGAGCUCUCCAACGUCAAGAAAGAAGAGCAAGUUGAAGCACUUAAAGCUGAAGUUGAUAGCUCGAAGCAGGAUGCCUCUUUUGCCAAGCAAGAUGAACAGAUUGAGACGCUCAAAGCUGAGGUGGACAGUCUGAAGGAAGAGCUCUCUACUGCCAAGCAAGACAAAGAAGCCGAAUCUCUCAAAGCUGAGUCUCUCAGAACGCAAGUGGAAAACCUGCAGCAAGAGCUCUCCAACGUCAAGAAAGAAGAGCAAGCUGAAGCACCUGAAGCUGAAGUUGACAGCUCGAAGGGGGAUGUCCCUUCUGCCAAGCAAGAUGAACAGAUUGAGACGCUCAAAGCUGAGGUGGAAAAUCUGGCGCAAAAGCUCUCCACUGCUCGCGAAGAAAAGGCAGACUUGAUGAAGAGCAUGGAGCAUUAUACCGAAGACAUGAACAAGUUUCGUGGAGCCUAUGAAGCAAACGAAGCUCUCCAGGAUCAACUAUAUGCCCGAGGCGGUGAAAUGGCCACCUUGGUCGACAGACUUGCCAAAGGAGACAGCGCCUACAAAGAGCUGGAGAUCCAAGCUACUGACAUGGCCAAUCAACUUAGCAAAGCAGACGCGGCCAAGACGAUCUCUACCGCCGUGAUUGACGAGCUCAAAAUAAGAAUUGACUCGUUGAAGAAGGACAAGGCCGAGCUCCAAGCCACGGUUGAUAAGCUCGCUGAUGUGAUUGAGGCCCGAGACCAAGAUCCCCCUGCGCCUCCACCACCCCCAGGAUCUCCUCCACCACAAACUUCUGAUUUUGUAGAGGCUCCACCACAAGCUUCCGAUUCUCUGGAAGUUCCAUCUGAAGCUACGCAGCCGACGACGGGCGGCGGCAAAAACAAAAAGAAGAAUAAGAAAAAGAAGGGCCGCGGUGGCAGAGCUGCUAGUCCCGCUCCCUCUGCUACUCCUUCUGCUACUCCCUCUGUAGUUGCAGGUGAGGCUGGAGAAGGCACGCCGGUUAACACUCCUGCCCCUCCCGCUCCUCCAGCUUCUGACGCCCCUGAAGCUGCCACGGCUGCCCAAGGCCAAGAUACCGCUGCCUUAAUGGCUCAAAUUGCCCAGCUGAAUCAGGAAAUUGAGGCCAAAGACAAAGAGAUCGAGCGACUAUCCAAACGACGCAAGACCGAGGAAGAUCUUCGCGAGGAGAUUGAAAAUCUGCAGGAGAACCUGAUCAACAUCGGCCAAGAUCACGUCGAAGACAAGGAACGCAUCAAGGAGUUCCAAAACGAGAAGAAGAAGUUGACGGCAGAAAUUGCCGCUUUGGAGGAGCAAGUUGCUGCCAUGGGCUCCACAGCCGAUGCCAGCUCCAAGGUUCAAGAUGAACUGAAAACUCUGGUCAAGGAUUAUCACGACUUGAAGGAGAAAUUUGGUACUGUCACCUCUGACCUUGAGGCGUCGCAGCAGCUAGCGCAAAGCCGCUUCAAGGAAAUGACAGAACUGCGCGAAGUAAUGCAGAAGUUGCAGCCUGAGGUCAAGAGUUUACGCCAGGACUCUGCCGAGCUCAAGAAAGCCAAAGAGGAGCUUGCGGCCAAGGUCAAAGAAGUCAAGGACUUGGAGAAGAAGGCAAAGGAGCUUGAGCGGAACCUAGCCACUUCUCGACAAGAGGCAGCCAACCACGUCUCAGAGACCAAGACUCUUAAGGACAAGCUGGCAGCAGAGACUGAAGCAAAGAGCCAGCUGGAGAAUGCCCAGCGCGUGUCAGGACGAGACCUUAGAAAGGCCGAUGCCGAGAAGAUUGAGCUGAGUGCCAAGUCGGAGAAGGUGGAGCGCGAGUUGCACAAGGUCCAAGAGGAGAUCUCCAAGCUUAGACCGCGGGUGACCGAUCUUGAGGACCAGGUGCAUAAGCUGAAGCGCGAGAAGGCGGCAGCCCAGGAGGAGACUGAGUUCAAGGCCAAGCAGUACACCACGGCUCAGGGUCUGCUAAGCAGCAUGCGUGAUCAGGUGUCCGAGAUGACGGUGCAGCUCAAAGAGUCUCAGUCCCAGGCUCGAUCCUUGGAAGAGGAGCUUAGCGAGGUGCAGCAUCUGUUGCAGGAGCGCACUCGAGAGGGUGAGACAAUGCGGCGGCUCCUUGCAGACGUGGAUCAGCAGGCCGAGACCAAGAUCCGGGAUAUGCGCAACCGAAUGGAGGCGGCAAUUGCCGAGCGAGAGCGUCUUGAGGACGAGUCCAGCACCACGAUGCGCAAGAACGUCAAGACGGUCGGAGAGCUCAAGUCUCGAGUGCGAGAGCUCGAGGUGGAGGUUAAGGAUCUUCGCAGCGAGCGUGAGGGAGUCGAGGAGCGAGAGCGUAUCCUGCGCCGCCGCAAUCAGGAGCUUGAAUCAGUUGAGAGCAGAAGCGAGACCGAGGCUGCAGAUUUGCGAAACACCAUUUCGUCGCUAAGAUCUGCCUUGGACGCCUCUGAGCAGCAGGUCCGAGACGGAGAGAAACUAAAGACCUCCCUGCGCAAGGAUUACGAAUCGCUGCAGCUCAUGUAUGAUAAGAUGUCCAAGGAGCUCAAGGCGAUCCAGGCCAAGGCCACGGCCACGGCUACACCAACGAGCGGCACGACGUCUCGAACGCCGAUAGAUUCGGCUCGCACCUCGUCAGUCGGCGGCGAACUGUCUGAAGUGCUGUACCUCAAGACUAUUCUGCUGCAGUUCCUGGAGCAAAAGGAUAACAGGCUGAGGGCGCAGCUGGUGCCUGUCUUGGGCAAGCUCCUCAAGUUCGACAAGGCUGAUGAGAAGAAGUGGCUCGCUGCGGUGCAACAUAUCGAAGUUCGUUAG